ACCCUCACCUCAGCCUCCCACGGUCCAACCCAGGCUCCCAGCAGUUCACCAUCCGAUCCACCAGACCUCCCCUCCUCAAACCCCAACGCCGCCGCCGCCGCCGCCGCCUAUCCGCCAUGGCCGCCGCCGGCGAAGGAUUUGCAACCUACCAGGAUAUCGCGGACUACUUCAACUCUCUGGAGGGCCCGUCCGCACAGGACCGCAUCGAUACCAUCGUCCCCUUCCUCAUCUCCCUCCUCCCGCCACCCCUCGUCCCCUCACCGGAGGCCAACGACGCCUCCGACUCCGAUGACGACCACUUCUCUCUCACCUCCUCCGACUCCGAGGCCGAAGAGGACACCGCGGAUCGGUCCACUUAUUUUCCGGCGGCGUGGGAUGACGGGGAGGACCACAUCAGCUGCCUCCCGGACGAUCUGCUCUCCGACAUCAUUUCCCGCCUCCCCACGGAGGAAGCCGCUCGCUCCAUGGCCCUCUCCACGCGCUGGCGCGGCGUUUGGGCGGCGACCCCGCUCCUCGUCGACGAUGCCCACCUCAGGGGAGCUGGCGGGUACAAAGAGAUCUCCGUCGUACGCGCCAUCUCGCGCUGCGUGGCCGCUCACCCGGGCCCCGUCCGCAGCGUGCGCAUCACCCGCGUCUCCUUCUACGAGCAAGAGUACGCGCUCCGGUGCCUCGUCGCAAGCCUCGCCGCGAAGAAAGUCCAGGACCUCAUCCUCUUCAACCGCCCUUGGCCGUUGGACAUGCCGCUCCCCGACGACAUCCUCAGCUGUACCUCCCUCAACCGCCUUUACCUCGGGGUCUGGCGCUUCCCGGAAACUGCCGCCCGCCCGCCCGCCUUCCCCAAUCUCCGCGAGCUCGGCCUUUUCCACACCAUCAUUGAGGACAGGAACUUCGACGCCUUACUCGCGCAUUGCCCGAAUCUGGAGAUCCUCUUCCUCGCCAUGGCGUACUACUGCCCAUCGCGACUCCACAUCACGUCCCACGGUCUCAGGGUCGUGGCAGAGUGGGUAUCUAGCAUCAAAGAAGUUGUCAUUGACGAUGCUCCCUGCCUGAAGCGCAUGGUCGUCAACACCGUUUCCGACCAGAGGCCCAUCAAGAUUGUCCAUGCGCCUAGGCUGGAGGUGCUCGGCUUCUUGGAUCUCCAGCUCGACAUGCUCGAGAUUGGCGGCAUUGCUAUCAAGGCUGGGAUGCAUGUGAGGGCUAGCACCAUGGUGCCAAGCUUGAAGAUACUGGCUGUCAAGGUGCGGCUUUCAGACAGUACUGAGGCCAAGAUGUUCUCCACUCUGCUCAGAUGCUUCCCUCACCUAGAGACGCUUCACAUCAUGUCCAUUCCAUCUUAUUCAGCUGACAGUGUCCUUGGCAUGAAGUUCUGGGAGUCCCUGGGCUCUUGCCAAUGCAUUGAAUCACAUCUGAAGACGAUUGUCUUCCACAGUGUCCUGGGCCAGAACCACGAGUCAUUCUUCCUCAACUACAUUUUGAAGAAUGGGAAGGUGCUGAAGACAGUGGGCAUCAUUUGUGAUGAGGGUGUCGAUGUGGUAGUGGAGACAGGCUUGAUGGCAGGUUCCGUUGGUGAGGGCAAUGCAGCAUCAGGUAGAAGCAGUGGCAGGGAUGUUUUGUUUUGCGCCGCCUCCAAGUGCUUGAGCUUCCUAAAGGUCAUUGACUUGUCAGUGGAGGAUCCCUUCUGUGUGUUGAGGCAUGAGACGGUGGGCUAGUUUGUGUUUCUGAUGAUGGUACGGAACUACCGAUGCUGGCGUUAUUUCCACAUGUGCAGGUUUAUGGUGCUUAGGAUAUGGUAUUUACUUAUUACUUAAUCGGAAUGUGUUGGUGAAAACUACGGAGGUAUGCUAAGUACAUGAAGACCUGGAACUGGAAGCUAGUUUUACUACUCCGUAUUAGGAUUAGCUGUUCUCUUUUCCGGAGACGAAGAGGAUUCUGACUAGUGGAACUGCCAAAGCUGUGCGUUGUUUUGCCUUUUGGCCUUAAAAGUACCGAACAAUCUUUCUCUAGUGAUAUCCUGGCGCCAAUUCACGUUUGUUAUUCGGCUGAUCGAUC